AUGAAUGCUCUUCCUGUGGCUUAUUAUGCUCAAAAGAAUGCUUGGGUGGAUCAAACGAUUUUUCGCGACUGGUUCAUGAACAGUUUUGUUCCAAAUGUUCGAAAUUAUUUAAUGUCGGAAGGAUUAUCACAGAAAGCAGUUUUGGUUCUGGAUAAUGCCCCAUCACAUCCAGUUGAAGAUUUAAAAAGUGAUAAUGCUGAUUCAUGGUCUGAGUUAUCGUCGACAACAUUGGAAAAAUGUUGGAACAAACUAUGGCCAAAUACAGAAUCGCCUUCGAAUAACAAUGACGAUGUCUCACAGGCUGAUGUUGUGACUAGUACAUCUUCGGCUUUGCCAUUGGAAAAUAGUGAAACGAUCAAUGAAUGGUUGAAUUGGGACGAAAAUGAUUGUGGUUAUGAGCUUUUGACUGACGAACAAAUAAUUAAUGAAGUGAAUAAUGAAGAAGAAAAUAAUGAUGAUUACGAUGGAACAGAUAACAAUAAUGAAAAUGGUCACAAUCCUACUGCUUCAUUUCUAAGACAAGAAGCCAAAAUUGCUGCAUCAAAUUUAGAGAAAUUUAUCGCCUGGUAUGAAAUGCAAGAUGAAGCCGGCUUGGCUGACACUAUUCGUUUGCGCCAAUUUCUUCUUUUCGCAAAGAAUAAAACUCAAGUCACUGUAAAGCAAAAGACACUAACUGAAUUCUUUUCAAAAACAAACUAA